UGUUCUCGGCGCAAAAGUCACGGAACCAAAAUAUGCAUAGUUUGGGAAUAGAGCAAGCAAACGAUUUUUUUCCAAACAUUCUUUGACUGCAGCGUCUCUUGCAUUGAGAGAGAGGUCAAUAACACUGGCGCCCUGAAGAGAUAUGUAUAUUUGACAGAGAAUUUGUCCGAGCUCUUGAUUGUAGCCUUGGAUUUGACAAUUUUGAGCGAAGUUAUAGUUCUGUGGUACCUUGGGUCUGUCUGCUUUACCUCGGCCCGCUCCUUCCCAAAUUAAGCAAAAAAUUCUAAAUCUUUUUUUUUCUAAAAGCUAUUUUUCUUAAUUUAGUUUUCGCUAGUCCGAAAUUUUGCAUUCACUUAUAACAUCUUGAACAGAGUUUUCUAUUCAUUGGACUACGGUCCAGAUAAAAUUGUUUAUCCCAAUGGCGCAUAUAUUUUAAGACAACCCCAGGAUAGUGUUAAAAUACCUGGAUGUAAGUUUUCCAUUAACAGAACAUCAUCCCAAAUUUCAUAUAAUUAAUUUAGGUCGAUCAAUAUAUCAUCGUCAAAUGGAUGACGCUCUAGAUCUUUCUCACGAAGUUCGAGAAAAUAUUGGAAAUGAAAGGACAAAAUAUCUUACCGUUCUUUUCCAAAUAAUUGUUGAAAGACACAAUACAAGUUUUGGAGUUCAAAAAUAUGGAAAUAUGUUGAUGAUGUCUCAAUCAAUUCAGAACAUCAUUGACCAAAAUGAUGAAAAUAUGCAAGUUAUGGAAGUUUUUGGUCAUUUUUGGAGAAUUAAUGGGUUUGUUAAAGAAUUGUGUAUGAAAUGA